AUGGCCGAGGUUCAACACCAUGAAAAUGAACAUAACGACCACCACGAUUUGGUUCUCUUAGAUCAAGAAACCCAGGUAAAUUUCGCAAUGGACAUGCUUAAUCGAGAAACCCUGGUAAAUUUCGUAAUGGACAUGCUUCAUCAAAGCGUCGAACAAUUACAAUUUCAUUCAUCUUCACCUUUACGUAUUCCUGAUCCGUGGUCACAGCAACAAAAUGAGCAAACCAAUGAGCAUGAAGAUUUAAUAUGGGAUGAUUCUGCAGCCCAAAUUGAUGACCGUGAAACAUUAAACAUGGAUUUCGUAUCACAACGCAAUGCCAUCCAAGAACUUGAUGAACAACAUUGGGAAAUUUUAUUAAAUGCCCACAAUUUUGAAACAAAUCAAGAUUUACCGGAUUAUAAUCAAAACGAUUAUGAAAUAGUAUUUGGUCAUUUUGGAGAGACCAAUGUUUCAAAUUUGGGCCACCCACCGGCUUCCAUAAUUGUGGUGCAGAAUCUUUUGUCUGUGGUGGUAACGAACGAAGAAGUUGAAAACGACAAUGAAGUUUGUGCUGUUUGUAAAGAUGAGAUUGUUGUUGGGAUGAUGGCAAAAAAACUUCCUUGUGCACAUUGGUAUCAUGGUGAUUGUAUUCUUCCAUGGUUAGAGAUCACGAAUACUUGUCCAAUUUGUCGCUAUGAGCUGGCAACCGAUAAUCUUGAUUAUGAACGAAAGAAGGCAGAACGAGCUGCCCGUGGUUGA